UUUGUUUUUUUGCUGGGGUUGCUUGUGUGGAAGGAAUUUAGAAUCUGCCACAUUGCUGAGGGCUUAAAAAAAGUUUUUAUUUCGUCUGAGGAGGGUUUCAUAGGUUGAACUCAAAGAACAAUGGGUAGCUUAAAAGAAGAUGAAGAAUCUUCAUUUUUUGAUGCUUAUGAGCACAUUGCAACAAUGCCUGGUUUAUAUUCUAAUUACGUAGAGAUUCCUCAUUCAAAUUCUUGUUUUGAUAAUUGGUCUAAGUGUAGUUUCCGAUAUGAUGUAUGGAUUAGUAGCCCACAAAGUGUUAAGGAACGCCGAAGUAAAUUCUUGGAUUGGAUUGGAGUGAGUUUAGAUCAAUUAUCGCGAGAGAAUUCGGUAGAUGAACCUAGCUUGGAAGGAGAAUUUGACAGGGUUAGGGAAACCAGUGAUGCUGUUUUGAGAACAUCCGGCUUUGAAGAGGAGUUUUCUUCAAGUCAUUCUUGCAUGUCUUCUUGGUCUAAUGAUAAUUCUGGUUUGUCGAAGGAGUCAAGUUCGCAAGAUAAUUUUGUGUGUAGAGAAGGAAACGAGGGUGGGGGAGCAGUGUGUGAUGCUGAUGGAGUGUGGCAGGAUGGGAAGACAAGUGAAGGUUGUGAAGUGAGUGCAGAGCAGUUGGUAACAGGCAAGAAGUCCAAGAAUCUUCGUGUGCUAUCGCCCUCAUUUCAGCAAGUUAGGGAGAGGGGAGUUGAGAAGCAGAAUAAGUCAGAGAAAAUAGCAAAGAGAGUUAAGAACAGAUGGUUGAGUAAAUUGCGUUCAAUAGCAUGCGUUGUGGAUAGACAGGUUGAAAAUGAUAGAUUGAGAGCCAAUAGAGAUGAUUCAAUUCUGGGGACUAAGGUUCAAAGAGUUAAGGUCCACCAAAUCAGGAAAAGAACAAAUGAACUUUCUGCACUCUAUAAGGGACAAGAUAUCCGGGCUCAUGAAGGUUCAAUUUUGACAAUGAAGUUCAGUCCUGAUGGGCAGUACCUAGCAAGUGCUGGUGAAGAUGGUGUUGUGCGAGUGUGGCAAGUGGUUGAAGAUCAGAGGUGCAAUGGCCUUGACAUUCCAGAAAUAGAUCCUUCCUGCAUAUACUUCACAGUGAAUCAUCUUUCCGAAUUUAAACCCCUCUUUGUUGAUAAGGAAAAAGCAGGCAAUUUAAGGAGCCUGAGAAAAGCUUCUGAUUCAGCAUGCGUUAUCUUCCCUCCCAAAGUUUUCCGGCUUUUGGAGAAACCAUUGCAUGAGUUUCUUGGGCAUGGUGGUGAGAUCUUGGAUCUCUCAUGGUCAAAGAAAAAUUUUCUGCUGUCUUCCUCAGUUGAUAAAACUGUUUGUAUGUGGCGAGUUGGAUGUGACCAUUGUCUCAGAGUGUUUUCUCAUUGUAAUUAUGUAACCUGUGUUCAGUUUAAUCCUGUGGAUGACAAUUACUUCAUUAGCGGUUCAAUAGAUGGAAAAUUGCGCAUUUGGGCAAUUUCUGGCUACCAGGUCGUUGACUGGACUGAUAUAAGAGAUAUAGUUACUGCAGUGUGUUAUCGCCCAGAUGGACAGGGAGCAAUUGUUGGCUCAAUGAAAGGCAAUUGUCGCUUUUACAAUAUGUCAGACAACCAUUUGCACCUGGAUGCUCGUAUAUGCUUAAAUGGGAAAAAGAAGUCACCCUGCCGAAGGAUAACUGGCCUGCAGUUUUUGCCCCAAGAUUCAAGCAAAGUAAUGGUUACUUGUGCUGAUUCACAAGUCAGAAUUCUUCAAGGGCUGAAUGUGAUCUGCAAAUACAGGGGAGCACAUACCAAUGGAAACCAGACAUUCACAUCACUAACUGCUGACGGGAAGCAUUUUGUUUCAGCUUGUGAGGAUGCUAAUGUUUAUAUAUGGAAUUGUGUUGAUAUGGAUGAGCCUACUCUCUCUCAGGCUAAAGAUAUAAGAUCUUGUGAGCGCUUCUCUGCUAAUGCAUCCAUUGCAAUCCCUUGGUGUGGCCUGAAAUAUGGGAAUGCAGAAACCAGAAGGCAAUUUGAAGUAUUGAAUGAGAAUUUACACAAUAACCUGCCAUUUUCCUCACCUUAUUUCUCUCUGAACCAUGAAUAUUUUUUGGAGUCUUUUCCCAAGGGAUCUGCAACUUGGCCAGAGGAAACACUUCUGCCGUCCAGUCCAUUGUCUGUGUCAUCUUCAAUGCAUAAGUCGCAGUACAAGUUUAUGAAAACUUCAUGCCAGAGUACAGUUAAUUCUCACGCGUGGGGUCUCGUUAUAGUGACAGCAGGGUUGGAUGGAAGGAUUAGAUCAUUCCUCAAUUAUGGUUUACCAGUACCAGUGUGAAAAUACUAGUGGCUUGGUAUAGGCAUCAGAGAAUUAGAAAUGGGACAGUUCACAUGUUUGGUGCCUACAUUGAUUUAUUUGCUGAGGCAGAUACUAUGUUGAGUUUGAAUAAGCUGACAAGUGAUCUUGAGAUUGACAGCAUCAAUUGCCAUGGCAUGUUCAGGGCUGAAUGCUCAGAUAGAUGGUUGAGAAUUUGAGGUUUUCUGUGGUCCCAUCUAAGAUUUCAUAGUGAUCUGCAACUGAAUUUGGUCGCAACAAGUGGUUGCUGUUCUACGGUUGCAAUGAAAAUCAUCUUGGAAUGAACGAGUGAAGAGGGUUAGCUUAUCUCAUGAUUAUACAAGUCAUGUAUUAGGAGAAGGCCAUUGAGAUAUUAUAUGUAUAAGGGAGGUGCCUGUAGCCUGUGGGCCUUGUAAACCAGCCUCUUCCUUUUGUUCUCUUAAAUAAGAGUUGCAAUCCAGAUCUAGUUGCAGUUCAUUCGGGAAAAAAUGGUGGGGAACUUCAUCAUUAUCGUAUCUUGGCCGCUUUGAAUAAUUGAAUCGUUUGUCUGCCAUUUUGUGUCUGCCUUGUGGUAGGGCCAUUAAUCUGGUCAUGCAGUUGGCAUUUACCAGGCCUUAUUUUUCACUGGACGGGCUUUCCUGCUGACUCUAGUGCUUGAAUGCAUACCAUUUUUGUUUGUUUGCAGAGCACAAUUCCAUGUCAUUCCUUCAUGGCGUGUUUGUUACUAAUCAUCGCAUUUGACAGGCGGCUAAGACUAUUCUUGCUUUGUUGCCAAUAAUCCUUUUUCAGUAAUGCUAACACAAUUCAUAAAUGUACUGCUUUGAUAUUUAUGUUAGCAUACAAUAGAGUUAGUACCACUUUUUUAUUUUUUUCUUUUGAAGGCUAGACUCUAACAGAAUUGGCUUUAGUUUAGCCCACAUGUAAUUUUAAUCAACUGUU